CUCUCCCUCUGCAUGCUCUCAUCUCGUCCUGCAGGAAUAGACUCUCUUCCUCCGCCGCUGCAGCCUGACUCUGACACAACCGGCAUGUCUGCAAACUGAGAGCUGCACUGAAAGACACACACAGAGGACACAAUCCCUCCUUUAAGACGCACAACUUGUGUUGUCCUUCUCCCCCCGCAGGAGCAGAAGCAGAAGGGUGGUUAAAACACUGCGACGAGGCAUUAUUUUUUUGGAGGGAUAAAUACUUGGAGGAGGAUCAAAACAAGGUCUGUCCCCGAUAACGUGACCACUGAAGGAAGAGAACACAGAACUGCUUCAUCAUGAAUUUUGUAAUGAAAGCUGCGAUGGGAGGAGGUCCUCCUGAUGUGGGCAAGAUGCUGGGCGGGGAGGAGAAAGAGGAGGACCCUGACGCAGCCAAGAAAGAGGAGGAGAGACAGGAGGCGCUGAGGCAGCAGGAGGAGGAGAGGAAGGCCAAAUAUGCCAAGAUGGAGGCUGAGAGGGAAAGCAUGAGGCAAGGCAUCAGGGAUAAGUAUGGCUUGAAAAAGCGUGAAGAAGCUGAGGCCGAGGCAGCAGCAGCUGCUGAGCAGCCCGCAGAGGGCAGCUUGACUCGACCCAAGAAGGCCGUGCCGGUCGGCUGCGGUGACGAGGAGGAAGAGGAGAGCAUCAUGGACACAGUGAUGAAAUACCUGCCAGGCCCACUGCAAGACAUGCUGAAGAAGUAGGCUAGCUCGCUAGCUAAUGCUAACGUUAUCUAGCUUAGUUCAUAGGCUACAUUCACAAGGUUGGCUUAAAUCAGGGGUUUUUUCCACACAUGACAGACAUGAACAUCACUUUGUUAGCGCAUAAAUCAAAGUUUAAUCUGAUGUGGUGAUUUGGUGUUCAGACAAAGGAUUUUGGUGGGAAAAUGAAUCGGAUGUGAACCAGCAGUGUGAAUUUCAGCCGUUAGACUAAGCUAGGCUGUCCCGACGGCCAGGUGAACGUUAGCUCGACUGGUAUUAACGUUAGCUAUGUUACACUGAUGAAGCUAACAGCAAGUGGAGGGGCUAAAACACAAUGUUAGAUGGGAUAUCCUUCUAGUGGGAGACGUUUUAAACUCCUUUUUCUCUCCUCUGCAGAGCUCUCUCGCAGCACUGAAAAAUAAUUGUCCACCACGCUGUUCACACAAUUUGUACAUAAAUAAAUGAAUACAUUACAAGCCUCAAGGUGGGCAAACAAUCAUAAAAUAUUAUAUGAAAGUAUUAUACUAACUGUGUGUCUGUCUCUAAAAUAAAAAAAAAGAUGUGAUAACUUGAUAAGCCAUAUUUUAAAAAGGAAAUUUAAAGACUACUGUUGUGUGCUCCUAAAGCUAAUGUUUUGUGUUCGACUAUGUCUGAAACUUAUGUAAAACCUUUUGCACACAGUGUUACACAUUCUGUCAGACCAAUUGUCUAUCUUCCCUACACAUGAAGUGUAAUAACAUUCAUGUAGUGUAGUGUUUAAAAAUGUUUCUAUUCCCCUUGUUCAGUGCGUCUCCUUCUUAUGUCUUGCAUGCCAUUUGUCUGGACACGUUUGUUGUGUGAAAAUGUACAAACUCACCCCCCCGCCCCUUUUCUCCUCUUCUUUGUCAUGCAAAAAAUAUUAAGGCAAUAACUCCUAAGUUUGAGUGUGUUUUCACUACCAUGUCGAUAUAACCGUUAAUAAUAUCAGUAAUGAAAAUAUGCUAUGUAUGCAUUCAGGAAAUUUUAUUUACAGGUUUGCAGGGUUUUCUUUUUUUUUUGUUUUCUCAUUGUUUCGAUGAAGAAUGACCGUGUAGCCGUUCAUACAACAGCCAAAACCUUAAGCUUUCAGCCAUAAAACCAGAACUUACAAUAUAUAUAAUAUUACUAUCAGGAUCUACUACUAGAGUGAAUAUUGAAUGAAUCUAUAUGAGUAAAGAAAACAUGUAUUUAUAAAAAGUAUACACUUGAACGUGGGCUACAGGUUUGGAUUUUGCAUCAGGUGAAGAUUUACGAGGAAGAGACAAACAGUGAGUUCAGCUACUGAUUUAGUUACACAGCAAAACCGGACAUGAAGUGAUGCUUGAUUCAGUUUUACUUACAGGUGAUUUGGAUGUGAGAAUGAGCCGCAGAGUGCGACGUGGAAUGCCAUUGAGCAAUAAAGGAUUAUCAUGUAUGUUUCUGCCUGAGAUUCAAUAAAAACUUAAAACCUUGUUCACAGACAUUAAAA